AUGAAAUUGUUACUUCUUUUAGGCUGUGAAAAGUGUCCAGCGAUCGAGGAAUGUGAAAUCGUGGUAUGCUCAAGCGAGGAAAGAUCGGGCAAACUUCUUCCAAUCACCUCAGAGAGUUGUGAACUCUCGUGCAGUCAAGUGGACAUUAGUUGCCGACGUUUUCCAAAUGGACGUCUAGAUUGGUAUCCUUUUAAUCCGUGUGGGAUCACGACAACCACUUCCACAACAACCACCACCACCACCACCACGACAGCUGCUGUCUCGAUUGAUCACGCGCCUCCGUCUUUCGACUACCAAAAUGCCCUUGAAACAACAGUUCAAAUUCCACUAUUUUUUCCUUCUGGAUCGACUUCUAAAGACAUGCUUCACGAUAUUGAUCCCAUUCUCACGCCAGUGGAACCAACAGCUCAACAAAAGAAGCAAAGCUAUGGUCUUAGUUGGUUAGUCUCAGAACCUGAGCUGGAGCUUAUUUUAUGGGUUAUGUUUGGAGUAGCUUUGAUGCUUAUACUCAUUGGCUUUAUUGGACUUGGCGGUUUUUUGUGCUAUCGGCGGCGUAUUAAGAAACAAAUUAAAAUCACUACCUGUCCACGCUAUUACGAUGCAAACAGGCAACGAGCCUAUGGCAUAGUUGCCUACGACGCUGCUACCUAUAGUCCAGGUCUGGAAUAUGAGAAACUGCGAGGCAGCAAUGGUGCCUGCUACUGGACUCAUAGACCAGAUAUCAGAGAACCCGGUACAAUUAGACGAGUUCCCUCUCCGCAAAUCUCCGUUUGUUCACCCUUUUGUUCCGCAAACCGUCAUGGAACAGCUACAGUGGAUCACAACUACGUUCAUCACGUAUCCAUCCCAAGCACAAGCUAUCGCCUCACGGACGGUGUGACACCAAUAAAUUCCGCCUACCAUCUUGUAACAUUGGCGCCCACAUUGGACACAAUGGAGAACGCAGUGAUGGGCAAACCAGCAACGUGCAUGCAAGAUGUUUCAUAUAUUCAUGGGCUGGAAUCUGGGCCAACGAGCUUGGAUAGGCAUCAGCGGGCAGUGCUAACCAUGACACCAGAUCGGCAGAUUACGGGAGGAACACCUUCCUUGACUGCAACCUCUCCCAUUCCUAUGGGCAAUGAUGCUUUCCUUGUGGGUACUUAUCGCAGAACUAACAGUUUUCGGAGUGAGACGAGGGGCGAUCCCGAGCCCCGUGGACAAAUCAUUCAACAACAGCAAACAAAGGUUUAA